AAGUCAGAGAUGUGAAUGGGCUGGGGUGGGGGUGACACAAGGAAGGAAGACCAUAGGGAGUGACCCAAGGGCACGAGGGACAGGGUGACAGCAGACUCCAGGGCUGGGUGCUGGGGAGCCAUGUGUCUUCAUGGGUUACUGUCUGGAUGAGGAGAAAAGGCACGAGAGGUAGGGUCCCUUUUCCAUGCCAUGCAAGACUUGCUCCCCAGCACUUGAAUUAGGGCCUCAGGGAGCACGAUGGAGGCUGGUGACAGGGAGAAGCUGGAAGCGGAGAAGAGGGUCAGACCCGGAGGGGAAGUGAGAGUCUGAGUAGGUGUCCAGGGUUGAGGGCGGAGCCCAUCUGCAUUGUCGGGGAGACUCAAGGCAGGCGUGUGUGUUGAGAAGGAAGUCAGAAGAGAGGGGCUGCGUGUGGGGAGGUUUGUGAGAACAGACGCCAAAGACCCACUUUCCGAGAGAAAGAAAGAACAUCUGCACAUAAGAUGCUGUUGUUGCAACUGGUCUUGCUCACGGUUCUCGUCCCAGGUGGUGACACUGACGACGAUUUCCAGGAGCCAGUCUCUUUUCGAACCAUCUUGACAACAUCCUUUUACAACCAUUCCUGGACACAAAAUCUGGGCUCAUCUUGGCUGGAUGAACUGCAGACUCAUGGCUGGGACAGCAAGACGGGCGCUUUCAGUUUUCUGCGGCCCUGGUCCAGGAGCAACUUCAGCAAUGAGGAGCUAAUGGAAGAAGAAAAGUCAUUUUAUACAUUCUCCAUCAGACUUCCUCUGAUCUUUCAGGACCAUGUCAGUGAAUGGCAGCUUGAAUAUCCCUUUCAGGUACAGGUGGCAGUAGGCUGUGGGCUACAUGUUGGGGAACGGUCACUAGGCUUCAUGAAGAUUGCAUAUGAAGGAUCAGAUCUCAUGAGCUUCCAGAACAUGUCAUGGUGGCCAUCUCCAAAGGGAGGAAGGAGGGCUCAGCAGGUCUCCAAACUAUUCAAUCAGGAACAUGUGGACAACUUACAGCUACAAGCAUGUAUUAAUGAGGUCUGCCCCCGUUUCCUCUUGGGUCUUCUUGAUGCAGGAAAGGAAGAUCUUCAGCGACAAGUGAGGCCAGAAGCCUGGCUGUCCACUGGCCCCAGUCCCAGUCCUGGUCGUCUGCUCCUCGUGUGCCACGUCUCUGGCUUCUACCCAAAGCCAGUAUGGGUGACGUGGAUGCGGGGUGAGGAGGAGCACCAGGGACCCCGGCGAGGUGACAUCUUGCCCCAUGCUGAUGGGACAUGGUAUCUUCAGACGUCCUUGGACGUGGAAGCCAGAGAGGCAGCUGGCCUGUCUUGCCGAGUGAGACACAGCAGUCUAGGAGGCCAGGACAUGGUCCUCUACUGGGAGCAGCACCGCCCCGUGGGCUUGGUCCUCCUGGCGGUGGUCGUGCCCCUGGUGCUUCUGGCAGGUCUUGUGUUCUGGCUCUGGAAGCGCUGGAAAUCACACUGGAGACCUCAGUGCACUGGCCUCCCUUUGGAGAGAGGUCCCAGCAGCCCAGGACCAGGACGUCCCUAAACCCAGCUCAGAUGAUGGACUUGCAAGUCUCUGUGUGCAGCUUUUGUCUUUUCUUUCUGCUCAGUGAUCAGUUGUCAAGACUAGUUAAGUGUAAUUUAGCAGAAUUUGUUGUUCUGACCUGAUUCUGGGGCUUAAACAUCAAAAGUAUCUUAGAGUAAAAUGAAGUCCCAAAAACCUCCAUGAGCCACUGGCAUCAGGUGUCACUUCCUGCAGUGAGCCGUCCCUUCUUCACAAGUCAAAGAAGUUUUUGCUUGGCUGGGAUUAGCCCCACGUUUUCCUGCACUUGCAAAUCUAUUCCUGACUUCCAGCCCUUGUUACCAACAGUUAGGGUCCUUUCCCUUCUAAUUCUUAGGACUUUAGAGAUCAGGUCCAUGUCUUUUUAAUAUUUGUAUUCUUGGCAAGGAAUCUCCCCUGCAUGGAAUAUGUCCUCAAUAAAAUCUGUGUUGCAGUUUUGUCAA